AUGAAAUCUCUACGUUUAAUUUUGUUGAGUGUUUUCGUUGUGACGGUCGUAUCGUUGCUCACAGCGGACGCCGCGACCACAAAUUCAACAUCCAACUCAACAUCAGCAGACACUACCUCGAACUCAACAUCAACGUCAACGUCUAACAGUACCAUCACUGCAUUAAAGAAACGUUUGGCAAGAUUACGCGCAUUAUUGAGGAAGAAAAAGCUGGCUGCUGAAGCAAAAGCAAAAAAACGACGUGCAGAUAGGAAGAAGCGAAGGCGUGAAGAAACAUUAAGUAAAAUAGCUGCAAAUAAACGCCGAAGGGAACGGGAAGGCUGA